AUGGGGCCGACAUCUUCAGCCAGUGCUGGUCUGACUUGUUUGUCUCUCCUGGAUAAGCGGACCACCCCAACCAACUGCGACCACAGUAGUGCCAUUUUCAAAAUGGUGUUAAUCUCGAAUGUCACAAUCUAUGGGAAUCUGUGUGACCCCCUUUCUAACUUGACUGCCUACAUCGCUUACGAAGGAAUAUUCGCCUAUCUGAAUUACCGUGUACCGGUCACUCGUCAGGAAGUAGCCACGUUGUUGCUCAAUGGGCUUCGACGUCUGGAGUAUCGUGGUUAUGAUUCGGCAGGUUUGGCCAUUGACUGUGGUGGCGUGGAAGUGAUGAACGGCGUCGCCAAUGGGACUCAUCCUCCUGGGGAUCCGGUGACCAUCAUACGUUGCAAAGGCAAAGUGGCAGCUCUUGUUCAGGCCGUCGAAAACUCGUUAAAGUCUGAUCCGCUCAGUCAGGCCUUGCUUAACAACCACGUGGGGAUCGCUCAUACACGUUGGGCUACUCAUGGUGAGCCAAGUGAACGAAACGCACAUCCACAAACAUCCGGUGAAGACAACGCAUUCAUUGUGGUCCACAAUGGCAUUAUUUCUAAUCACAAGGAUCUCCACGCGCUGCUGAUUCGGCGUGGAUUCACCUUCAGCUCUGACACAGAUACGGAAGUGAUUCCGAAACUAAUGCAGCACAUUUAUGACCGACACACUGAGACGAAGCCACUUACAUUCCUGGAAGUGGUAGAACUAGUCGUUAAGCAAUUGGAAGGCUCCUUCGCCUUGGCUUGCAAGAGUCGGUACUAUCCAGAUGAAAUAGUCGUUACUCGGUACAUAGCCCAUGGUCUCCACCCUGCAGACGUUUCCUUCCUACACUGGAUAAACCCCUCUGGUUUGGUGGGACUCUACAGUCCAAUCCCAAUUCACGUUACCUUUCUGCAAAUUUUCAGUCGUGGAUCCCCGCUACUGGUCGGAAUAAAAUGCCGUCACGAACUCACGAUGAACCAUCUUCCAGUCUUUUUCAGGGACAAUCCCAAAACCUAUGAGGUCCGUACUGCAUUUGCCAGCGGCGACACGGUCUCUUCCAGCGCAUCGAAUCAUUACGUCAGCGGAACGCCUUCACAUAAAGAGAUUGAAUUUUUUUUCGCUAGUGACGCAAGCUCUCUGAUUGAACAUACGGACAAAGUCAUAUUUCUGGAAGAUGAUGAUAUUGCAGCCGUUAGUGAUGGGCAACUAACCAUUCAUCGGUUAGAUCGUCGGGCAGACGAUUCCACCACACGAGAAGUUGUGACGUUACAGCUGGAACUGCAACAGAUUAUGAAAGGCAACUACGACUACUUCAUGCAGAAGGAGAUUUUCGAGCAACCCGAAUCUGUGAUGAACACCAUGCGGGGCCGCGUCAAUUUCGACUCAAGGACGGUUAUUCUAGGUGGUUUAGCAGACCACAUGACUAUCAUUCGUCGGUGUCGACGUCUCAUCUUCAUCGGUUGUGGAACAAGUUUCCACAGUACGAUUGCGACGCGGUCUUUGCUGGAGGAGCUUUCAGAACUGCCCGUUAUGGUGGAACUGGCCAGUGAUUUGUUAGAUCGCAGAACCCCCAUUUUCCGCGAUGAUGUGUGCGUAUUCGUGAGCCAAUCAGGAGAGACCGCGGACACUUUGUUGGCCCUACGCUACUGUCGUAGCCGUGGGUCGUUCACAGUGGGCAUAACCAACACAGUGGGCUCGUCGAUCUCACGAGAGACUCACUGCGGUGUUCACAUUAAUGCUGGUCCAGAAAUCGGUGUAGCAAGCACUAAGGCUUAUACAAGUCAAGUGAUUGCACUUGUGAUGUUCGCCCUCGUCUUGUCCGAGGACAGAAUCUCUUUGCAGCCAAGACGUGAGGCGAUCAUUGAUGGACUUCGAGCAUUGUCAGACCAGAUCCGAACCGUCCUGAACUCGGACAAAACACUUCGAGCCCUAUCCGAAACCCUGUACAACAAACGUAGCAUAUUGGUCAUGGGACGCGGGAGUAACUACGCCACCUGUCUUGAAGGUGCUCUGAAACUGAAAGAACUCACCUAUCUGCAUGCGGAGGGAAUCCUCACCGGGGAACUCAAGCACGGUCCGUUAGCAAUGGUGGACAGCGAAAGUGCGAUUAUCAUGUUAAUUCCACACGAUGGUUUGUUCCAGAAAUCAAUGAAUGCUCUUCACGAAGUACGGGCUCGAAGGGGGAAUCCCAUUGUGAUUUGCAGCGAGAACGAUCCGGAGAUCCCCAAGGACAAUAUGGCCACCAUUGAACUUCCCAGUACCGUGGACUGUUUGCAAGGCAUUCUGGCCGUUAUCCCACUACAACUACUCGCGUUCCACAUCGCCGUUCGACGAGGUCUUGAUGUUGACUGUCCCAGAAACCUUGCCAAAUCAGUCACGGUUGAGUGAUCAUUUGGUUCAGCCUCACUGUGGGCGUCGGUUAGAAGAGUCCGAAUCUACUGGAACAUGUUGAAACCAACGAACAGACCUCGAAUCAUUCCGUGCGCCAAUCAUUGAUUUCCCUCGAUAAUUCGUUCUCAUGUCAUUUCUUUUUGUCUGUAAUUGGGGUUUCGUGUUUGCUUGUGCACCCCUAUUUUGCCUCAACACAUUCCGGGUGAUACUUUGUUUUUUUCUCCGUAUUUCUUCAUUUUCUCAGGAUCCUGAGUAUGUGAUUAUGUGCCUUACUUCAAUGUUAAACUGUGUUGGUUCUCUCCGUCUCCCAUUGUCUGUGCACCACUCCCGGUGUUAUUCAUUACGUGUUGGCUACACCCCACCCCCUCUAACAGGUUGAUAGGAACAGAUGAAAGAAUUGAAUUGUAUCUGGUGAAGUAAUGUUUAACGUAAAGUGUUUUAUCGUACGAAGCUGUGUUUUCUAUGUGCGACUGUCGUAUUCACGGCGCUUUCAAUUCUGAUCGGAAUGGACGUUCUACACCAUGUAGCGAUUCUUGAUGCGCGUCAGGUUACUGGUAGGUACUUGGAAAGUCGACACGGGAUACAAUGUGCCUGUCUUGUCUUUGUAGUACUCCCGAUGUUGCUGAGCCAGC